AUACAUAAUACAACAAUGUACAACAACAUACAACACUCAUACAUCAUACAAUAAUGUACAACAACAUACAACACUCAUACAUCAUACAAUAACAUACAACAACACACAACAUACACCACUCAUACAACAACAUACAACACUAACAUCAACAGCAUUAACAUAAACUAUAGCUUGUCGAGCGUAAAACGUAAUGUGUGCUUGACAACUUCUUUCUCCUGGUGUCUUCCUUGCACCGACAGUAGAGCAAGAACAGAACAACACACACAGAAACACACAAAACAGGUUGUCUGAGACUGUCAGCACCAAAAACAUGGACUGUCUGUGUGAACUGAACACGAACACUAUCUGGAAUGUACCUGUUGCCUGCCUGCUUAUUGUUAACAAGCCAAGGGAGGAUUCAGCGGAGAGACUUCACCCAUAGCAGCGAAACCAGAGGAGCAAAACCCCAAAAUGCCCCCAGGCAAAACCAACCUCAACAAAGAAUGGACCAGCACUCUGCCUUUUCAGACUCAGUGAGGCAGUGCAUUUUGUGAUUAAUGAGAUAUGAGUACUUUUGUUGAGGGAGCCUUUUAUACUGUAGCCUUUCCAUUCACUGUCACACUCUGUCCCAAAUGGCACCCUCUUCCAUUUAUAGUGCCCUAUGGGUCAUGGUCAAAAGAAGUGUUCAAUUUGGAAUGCACACACUGAACAUGGAGUGUUAUCUCAUUCAGAGAGUAGUGUUAUCUCAUUCAGAGAGUAGUGUUAUCUCAUUCAGAGAGUAGUGUUAUCUCAUUCAGAGAGUAGUGUUAUCUCAUUCAGAGAGUAGUGUUAUCUCAUUCAGAGAGUAGUGUUAUCUCAUUCAGAGAGUAGUGUUAUCUCAUUCAGAGAGUAGUGUUAUCUCAUUCAGAGAGUAGGUUUGUAGGGUUUAGCAGUGUGAACAUGAAUGUCUGCCUCUAUAGAGGGAAGUGUUCAUGUUGUAUUGUUACAGGUGCUAAAAAUAGCAAGCCUCUUACUAUGUCAGACUGAGUUGUUCUCCAGGGCUUGGAGUAAAGGAUCAGGUUGGAAGGGUUUGCGAAUUAUUAUGCAACAUUUAAGGAUUGGUUUCCUGGACAUAGAUUAUGCUUAUUCUUGGAUUCAAAUGUUUUAGUCCAGGUCCAGGCUUAAUCUGUGUCUGGGAAACCAGCCCUACAACAUGUUGCUGGGUCUUAUACUACACAGGAAGUAAUCCUACUACACAUAUUUCAUAAUGCCAUACAAAAAAAAUGUAACACUACAGUUUAAAUAUAAUUAAGAAAUAAGGCCUGAGGGGGUGUGGAAUAUGGCCAAUAUACCACAGCUAAUGGCUGUUCUUAAACAUGACGCAACGCGGAGUGCCUGUAUACAGCCCUUAGCCGUGGUAUAUUGGCAAUAUACCACAAACCCCUAAGGUGCCUUAUUGCUACCAACUUAAUUAGAACAGGUCAAAUACAUGUUUGUGAUACCCAUGGUAUAUGGUCUGAUUUACCACGGCUUUCAGCCAAUCAGCAUUCAGGGCUCGAACCACCCAGUUUAUAAUAUGUAAUAAUGUGCACAAAAUAAAUUCAAGAAUGGAUUCAUUCAGCUAUAUACUGUAACAUUGGACCAUACAAGCUAUGCAAUUGACAAUAUCAAGUAUUAUGCCUUGUGCAUUAGCCUUUGCAUUAUGCAUUGAUUGGGUGUUUAAUUUAAUUUUACUAUUUUUAUUUCCUUAGGGGCAAUUCAUGGGAUUCGUUAGUUAUAUAAUCUUACUAGCGAGUUACCUUAAAUCACCCUCAAGUAUAUAAACUGCACACAUGAGCGCUAAAGACGUCAAGGAAGUCACGUGAGUCGCGAGCACUGCAGCUGUGGGCAAGAAAAGUUUUGAGAGGGUGGCAACUGGCGAGAAUGACGCGUGACUGUCUUACAGUAGAUCAAACACGCAUACUAGCAGUCCACAGAGCUGUCCAGUGCAAAUCCUGAUAAAUCCAUGUAGACUAUGACAAGAUAUGAUUUAGAAUACCUUUAUAAAGUCUAACAGUGGAGUAUUUAGAGGGAACAUGUAAGUAGCCCUUACAUGGUGGAUCACUUGGUGGAUACUGGAUAGAAACAUUCCCUCGCGCAAAAGUCCACCUGCGUAAUUUUGAUUUAUGGAUUAAUGCUUUUAGCGCAAAAACCAAUACUCGCUGCUUUUUGGCUGGUUCGAGGGGGUGACCACCACCACCACCUCUUGAAUGACCCGCUGUGAAGGAAUGAGUGAUGCCGGACAGAGGAUGUAACAUCUGGAGUCUGGUGGUACUGUCGGUGUUGGAGAUGGGGCUCGGUGCGUCCAGCAUCGCGCUCGGGGUGUUCGGCAUCAUCCGAGUCCGGUCGGUUCACAAGCUGCAGCUGGGGGAUGCCUCUCCUAUAUGGAGCGGAAUUUGUUUUCUCAUCUGUGGACUAUGUGGGAUGGUGUGUGCGAAGAAGAGGUCAGGAUUGAUUAUGAUCCUAUUUUCAGCCUGCUGUAUCUGUGGGUUGAUCAGUGGGAUCCUAAACUUCCAGUUUGUGCGUGUGGUGGCAAAGCGUCCCGAUGCCUUGCCGUCCCUCUACCUGGCCAUCAUGGUGAUGGCCUGCCUGGGCAUCGGAGUGUCCAUCCUGUUUACCUGGCUCACCUGUCGUCUGGCCAGCAGCGAACAGCAGAGGAUGUACCUGGAGAGAGAGCUGUCCCUGCACCACUCCCAUGAGAUGAAUGAAAAGGAGUUGGCUGAGAGAUCUGAGAGAGCAGCCAGCAUUCCCCAGAUCUCCUUCAAUGGAAAGUCCUCACCUCCAUUGUCAUUAGGCUGAAGCCCAGCUGUGUUACUGUAUUCAAAGCAACAUGGAAACAAUGUUGGUUCCAUACAACACCAAUGGUUGCAGGGGAUGUGAUCUCUUGCAAUUAACUGAUACACAAAGGAAUCAACUGAAGUUACGGCAACACUAUGAGAAGGCGCUGUGAGAUUUGACAAUCGGCUUACCAGUGACGAUGUAGGCUGAAUGAUGCACCUGGAUAGUCCCCAGACAUGGCUUUGGGGGACAUGGAAACAGCAGAUAGAGGGGACAAAGCUAUGGCACCUCCAAAGGCUCAAAAAGAACAACUAAACCACUUGAGAUUGUCAGUGUUGAGACAGUGAAAGACAUAACUGCUUCAGGGUUUGACUGGUCAUAGAGAUCAUGUCAUACAGUGGAAGUGGUUUCCAGUACUAUUAUUUAUUUUAAUGAUUAUUUAUUAUUUAAAUAUAUGUUUGUUUAUUCAUAAGCAUGCAAAUAUAAUAACAUCCCAUCUGUGAUAGGUUUUUACAAUUUAGAGCAUUAUAAUGAAUUAAAGGUUUAAUGAUGGUGAUGGAUGAUGACUACGAUGGAUGAUGAUGAUGAUGAUGAUGACUACAGUGGAUGAUGAUGUUGAUGGUGAUGAUGUUGAUGGCUUUAUUGUAUCCAUUAGGAAAUUCAUUCUAUAUGAAUUAGUAUAUUUUGCAGCAGACCACCACCAGUAGGAGGCAGUAGUGAUAGUUAUAUUUCCCCACUAGAGGGAGCACUCCAUCUUUUUAAUUUAUUUUCUUACCAAACGGCACCCUAUUACCUACAUAGUGCACUACUUUUGACCAGAGCCCUGUGGUCAAUAGUAGUGCACUAUAUAGGGAAUUGGGACUCAGAUGUUGAAUCUUGUAGAAGAACAUUUGAACAGCAUAAUAAAUAUGGAAGGUUAUGGAUAAAUGAGCAGAGUGUUGCAGACAGAUUGAAAUUGCAGUCCUACUUCCUGUGUAUCCCUGAGCAAAGCCCUUAACCUGAA